CCACGCUUCUAAACCAACACAACCCACGCUGCAGCAAACUCUUGCAAGACGUGAGAAAAUGUCCAGAGACAAUCCACGUGCUGUUAAAAUAACACAGGCAAUUAUCGAGUACAUUGCAUUGAGUGACCAGCCACUCUCGGAGGUAGAAAAUGUGGGAUUCCUGCGUCUCCUCCAUGUUCUGGAGCCCAGAUAUGAUGUCCCAAGCCGCAGCUACAUGACUGACACGGAGCUGCCUAAACUACACGACUCCGUAAAAAAACAUAUCCACAGCCUACUGCAAGCUUCGUCUGCGUUUAGUUUCACCACGGAUAUUUGGACAAGCAGUGUUAGCCCUGUGUCGCUAAUUAGCCUAACCUCCCAGUGGAUAGACGAGAGUUUCACACCGCAACGAGCCAUAUUACAUGCGAAACAAUUCCGCGGCUCGCACACCAGCCAGGCUAUAGCGCAUGUGUUUGAGGAAAUGCUCCAGACAUGGGGUAUACCUAAAACAUCAGUACAUGUUGUGCUUCGUGACAACGCCAAAAACAUGAUUAAAGCCAUGAAUGACGCAGGGCUCCCAAGUCUGCCGUGUGUCGCGCACACGCUCCAACUGGCUGUUCACGAGGGCUUAUUAGCACAGAGGAGCAUAGCUGAUGCUAUAGCAUUGGGGCGGAAAAUAGUUGGGCAUUUUAAACAUUCCGCCUUAGCCUACUCCCGCCUCGAGGACAUUCAGGGACAGCUCAACCAGCCAACAAAGAGACUGCAGCAGGACGUACAGACGCGCUGGAACAGCACGUAUUACAUGCUCCAGUCCCUCAUUGAGCAAAAGCGAGUGCUGGGGGUGUAUGUGUCCGAGCAUGAACUCCCUGACUUUCUCACCGCUAACCAAUGGGCUCUUAUGGAGAAGACUGUUGCCAUCCUCGCCCCCUUUGAGGAACUAACUAAAAAAGUGAGCAGCUACGACGCACUAGCCUCUGAUGUCAUCCCAGCUGUGACUGUGCUAGUGAGACUUCUAAACAGAGAAACAGACGAGGACCACGGCGUCAAGACAAUGAAAGCAACCUUACUGGCAGCUGUCAAGAAGCGCUUCAGUGACAUCGAGACCAACCCACUGUACUUCAUCUCCACCAUACUUGACCCAAGGUAUAAAGAUCGCUUCUUCUCCCACAAUGCUCUGGAGGCCAAGCUGCACCUGAAGCAGGAGCUGCAAAUGAUGUCCAGAGCUGAGGCAGAGGGGAGUCAGGCAGAAGCUGCAGAACCUCCUGCUAAACUGUUCCUCAGGGCCCAGGCCAGCACUAGCAGCAGUCUGGACACUCUAUUUGAAGAAAUAGCUAAGGAGCAGCCCCAGGCAGCACAGCCACUGGCGGCAGGUGCUUCCAUUGAGCUCGACAUAUACCUCGGAGAGGCCCCAAGCCCUCGUGAAGACAGUCCUCUAAAGUACUGGGGUGUCAACAAAAUCCGGUUCCCCACUUUGGCUAAAAUGGCCCAUAAAUACCUCUCAGCCCCAUGUAGCAGUGUGGAAAGUGAAAGGCUUUUUAGCUCAGUGUCACACAUUAUAGAUGAAAAAGAAACAGGCUGACUGCUGAUAAUGCAGAAAAGCUACUUUUCUUAAAAAAAAAAACCUGCCACUCACUUUUUCUAAAUAGGCUCCAUUAAGUAAGUUGUCUUACACUCGAUGUUAAUACCUACCUCAGUUGCACUGACUGCCAUAGUUCUAUGUUGGUGGAUGUUGUUAGUUUGUUCAAAUAUUGUGCACUAAAUUGAAAAGAUGUUUAUUAAUGCCCCUUGUGGUGUCCAAAAUUGCACUGUCACUGUUUACAUUUUUUUUUUUAUAUAAUUAUUUAUUUUGUAAUAUGUUGAAUACAACAUGCUUUUCAUUUUAAAUAAAUGUUCUUAAUUCCAAACUUG